AUGCAUAAUUUACGGCUUAAGCGCAGAAAGAAUUACAAGGAUCUAAACAAUGGCUCUUCGAAAAUACAACAACUUAAGAGUACGGCUCCUCUCGAUGAUUCUAGUAACGCUAGUACGCUUGUAGGCGACAGUUACGAGGUCCCGGAUUUUCUUCGUUCCCCGGAAGUUGAAGGUCAAGAGCAGCAUUCAAUUCAUGAGAUCGACGGAAGCUCUGAGGAUGAAGAAUUUAUCAAUGGCGAGGUAGCAAACAACAAUUUUGAUGUUGGAGCCUGUACUCGUAGUACCGAUGGAAACCAAAAAGAUGAAUGCAUUGAGGAACUCGACAAUUUGGCUUCCCUGCGCUCCGAAAGCGCUUCGAUGAAAGUGCAGCAGACUGUCAACACAGUUGGAACAGCGACCCCUCGGCUAAUGAGCCAAAGAGUGGACAUACCUUCCUCCGAAAAACUCUCGUCCAUUGUGCGACAGGAAAUAUCCGGCUCUCACAUUGGGCAAGCACGCCCAGUUGAUAUAAGCCAAGUGGCCUCAUUUCCGAUUAAAGAGCUUACCUUUCACGAUCGAACGAGAAAAAGUGCCCAUGACACGAACAUUCAACCUGAACAGUUCCAUCACCAUAGUGGCUCGAGUGACUCAGAUGAGCUAGUGAACUCAGCAUCUGGAAGUCCAGAUCACAAAGUCUCACUUAAUUUGAAUGGUGAACGACCAUGCAUAGAUGACUACGCUGUGAUAAAUUCAACGACUUCAAAACCUCAUCGAUUUACGAAAAGGUUUCUGGAGUUUCUUUCGUUGAACGAUUUUAACCUACAACUGUUGAACAUAUUCAUCGAUGGUUUUAUUCCCUUGAGCUUUGUCGAAGCUCGUUCUUUUCAGUCUUUUAUUCACUCAUUUGGAACCCGACAAAAGAAAAGAAUUUCCUCAAGAGGCGGCUUAGUUAGCCUUUUGCGUCGUUUUGAGAUAGAGUUCAACCUGCAGCUGAAGCGCAACCUGCAGAGCACCUCUAAUCUCAAUCUUCUAAUAGACAUGUGGACUUCCAUUAGCCAAAAAAGCUACAUGGCUAUCAUGGUGUCCUUCUGUCCUAACGUGAACCAAAAACGCGAAAUUCUUGAGGAAGACGUCACCACACCGGGAAGACCUAGCGCCCAUAUCCUAGGCUUCUUAGACCUAGGCUUCUUAGACCUGGAUGGUGAGAAGCACACUACUCAGAACAUCAAAGCAUCUCUUCUAGCAUGUCUUAGAAGCUAUUCCAUAUCCACCAAAAUAGGCAGCAUCACCCUGAGUAAUGGGACAAGCAACAUUUCAAUACUUGAGGGUUUGGAAGAAGAUCUGCAACAGCAGCGCGAAGUUCCUGCAUAUGGAGGCAUCGUCAAGGUCAGAUGUAUGAACCAAGUUCUGAACCUACUCUUACAAGAUUUAAUGAGACUCUUCGAACGGCAGCAUGCUGAUCUAUUUUCAAGGAUUGAUAGACUCACACAUAUUUUGAAGACGAACGUUUACAUUAGAGGGAGAAUUAGCUCGUACAUUGCCCUCAUCAUUCCUCAACACAACAGCACAAGUUUUCUUUCGCGCCAUCGCCAAUUGGAUGCCUUUUUGAAGGUUUCAAAAGGUGUGAAGAACUUUUUCUUCCAAAACCGAUACGAUCACGAUUGCCACCUAUUGCCAGAAGACUUGUCAAUAUUCUGCUACGAGCAGAAGGAUGUGGAAUUGAUUUUAUUUUUCGUGCGCCUCACGAAUAUUUUUAAAGAUUUAACGAUGAUGCUACAGGACGACGAAGCAAAUUCGCUUUCCAAUGGUAUCGAUUACUACAUGCUCAUCGACUCAUACUUUGAAUCCUGUGAGAAACUGAGAAAGGGCUCCGCUGAUAGCGAAUGCCUGGAAGAUGUUGGACUGAAGCAAUCUCACUUAUCUCUUUCCAAAGAUAUAAAAGAACAGGCUCUCUCUGCCGUUCUUAGCGCGCGCCCCUUGUUCGACAAGUACAAGGCUAUUGCAUAUGAAGAACCAGGUUAUUGGGUGGCACAUAUCCUUCAACCUAAUGUCAAGACAAUUGCGUUGGACAGCAAAUUUGACGAGGUGGAUCAAGAUCGAUACCGGAGAAUGGCUGGUAGACACGUCGAUUGGUAUAUCUCUGCCGUUCGUCAUGGUGCUUCGGUGGAAACCUCCGUGAACGCCAAACACAUCAAGAGUAAGAAGUAUAAAUUGCAGAAACAUCUGGAAAACGUGCGCCUCCAGCAGUUGGCUGAGUAUAGUAUUUCAGUCAAAGAUGAAUGGGAGAAUUAUCUGCGGGAACCUAUCGAACCUAGCAUUGGCUUUUUGGAGUACUGGCUCAAGAACCAGAGCCGGUUCCCGGCGCUUUGUUCCUUGGCACUUUCUUUUUACUACACCAAGCUUUCAACCGCUGAUGUCGAAAGAUGCUUUUCUGUAAGCGAAAGGGUUUUAGAUAACAGAUUCUCGCUGGCUAGUGCGAACCUAAGACGCACUAUGAUACUCAGGAACCGCAUUAAGUGCUUUAACCCCAACACCAAGCUGAGUGUGGUUAAAGACAUACCGCUGGAAGACUGGAUACACGAAGACGAGGAAUCAGAACUUCGUGGUGCUCGUGCCGAAGCCGCUAUUGGGGGAAUGGAGCCUCAGUGUGAAAAUAUUGUGUCACAAUUCUUGAGCGAUUCGAGUGAUAGUGAUUGA